UUUCGCUGUGAAGCGAUAUAGUGCGUUUCGUGAUGUACUAUUACGUUUCAACCUGAAUCACGUGAUUGUUUUUAGCGUAAUUAAAAACAAAGAUUGUGUAUAUCGAUACAAUGUAUCUCAAACAAUACAUUCUUUGAGAUUCUUUUGGAAAACGAUGAACGUCUUACGUUUUACUAUCUUUUUAUAUUCAGAAAAUGGGUCAUCCUAUGAUUAAGGUGUUACGUGUUGACUGUGUUUAAGUAUGAAUAUAACACGACUCGCGCGCGCGAACAAAGUUUACAAUUUGAAUAUUUACUUAAACGAUUUCUUUAACAUUGACGUUACUUUCCAUUUUUGAGUAACCGGCAUGAAGCAUGCAGGCUCCUCUAUCAAGAAGAACGAUAGGCUGCAUUGGAAAAUGUACUUCUGGUCUGAAACGCGAGGAGUUGGAUCAGAUAACAGAUAAUAUUACGAAAACUCUAACGCAUCCGCGUGGUAGACAAAUUUUUCGGAGAUAUUUGGAACAACGAAAUCUCAGAGAUAAUCUCGAAUGUUUAGAUUUAUACGAAACUUGUUCUGAAUUUAUCGCGAAAGAGCAAAAUACGUCAUCGAAAGAUUUUAAUUUAGAAAGUUUAACCAACGACGUUACGAGGAUGAAAGAACUCCUUGAAGAUUUGGACGGUGUUCCACAGAUAGAUUUGGCUCUCUUGGAACGCUUCAAUGGCGCUCUAAACAGUGAGUCCAGAAUAACGAUGCUCGCUGUAUUGGAAAAUACGAGGGAACGUUUAAAAGAUCAUUUGAGGCGUGUACACGGAAGUUUUAAACGAUAUGCUUCAGAACCGUGUCCUAUAAGUAAAUAAAAAAUGUUACCACUUCGAUAUAGGAUCGAUGACUUAAUGCAUUUUAACAUGACGCGUUAUUAUAUCGUAUUUAUAUGUUCGCAAGCGAUAUUUUAAAAUUUAUUACCGUACGAUUAGACUUAUAAUAAUAGAUUUAUUGUACAGCACAAGAAAAAAAUUUUCUACAAUGAAAUGAAAUGUAAAUGGCGUUGUCGUUAUUUAAACAGUCCUGUUUUCUUUAGACGUUAUAUUUUCGAUGGAUAAAACUGAUAUAUACACAUACACUCACGCAUAUACAGAUUUGAAAUAAGCGUAAUAUUCAUAUUGAUUAUUUAUUUUGUUUACGUCGAUUAGUAUCCAUGUAUUUAUUAUUGGCAGUUCGAUAAUUAAAUAAGGUUAAAUAUGGGA